ACCGGAAAUGGGCUGGGGAGUGUGAGGCCUCCCUGGCCAGGCUCAGAGCCUCCGCGCCGCACCAGCCCUCAGUGCGCCUGCACCCAAGACCAUGGAGGUCGCCGGCCCCAUGCUGCUGCUGCUGGCACUGCUGUGGGUGAAGCCCAGCCAGGGUCUCGAGUGCUUCCAGUGUGUCAACGUCCUGGACCCCCGCCAGUGCCACCCCGUCCUCUGUCCCCUGCAGGCUGGAAGCUGCCCGUCUGCUGUAGCCACUGGCACUAUCAAUGGGCAGAAGUUCAGCUACAUUACCAAGGGCUGUGGCGUUCCCUGUGCCCACGUUAUGAAAUUUGCCAGUCUUGAGGUCCCUGGAGAGUCUUACCCCAUAAAAACUGAGGAUGGACGACAGAUUAACAUGAAGAUUGAAAACAUAAAAACGACCUGCUGUGAAGGAAACCUCUGUAAUGAGGCUGCCCGAGUUUGGCCUGGCCUCUGGGACCUGGCUGUCAGGGGGCUCCUGCUUAGCCUGGGCGCCCUCCUCUGGGCCCUGCUGUGAGCCCAGCCCACCCUGUCACUGCCCCUGGUGGGUAAAUUAGAGGAGGGCAGGGUGGUUGCCCAGUGCAGCCCUCAGUUCCCUGCCCUGAUGCCCCUGCCUGGCCACCCGGCAGCCCAGAGACCCCCCCUCACCCCAAAGCCCAGAGAACCCCUCACCCUGCAGCUUAGCUGCCUGCUGGCCCAAAUAGAAAAUGCACAUGCUCAGU